CCCCUUGACGCGCGACUGCGCUUGUCCUCCGCGGCUUGCCGUCUCCGCAGCCAUGGCGGCCGCCGUGUUCCCCGCAUGGUUCACCCUGCAGCCGGGGGCCCGGACCCUGCGUGCCUUCUCCACUGCCGUGUCUCCAGCCACUCUUGCCGGGAGACCAGGCCCGCGUACAACAGAAAGAACAUCCAGAUCUGACAGGCCACUGAGAAGAAAGUCUAUAAAAUAUUUUUUUUCAAAUAUUUUUUCUUCCAUUUUUAAGGUUAAACUUUCCAGCUUGAAUUUAGAUGAUCAUGCAAAGAAGAAACUUAUUAAACUUGUAGGAGAACGAUACUGCAAGACCACAGAUGUGCUUACCAUCAAGACAGAUAGGUGUCCUUUAAAGAGACAGAAUUAUGAUUAUGCAAUGUAUCUGCUAACAGUUUUAUACCAUGAGUCUUGGAAAACUGAAGAAUGGGAGAAAAAUAAGACGGAAGAAGACAUGGAAGAGUAUAUAUGGAAAAAUAGCUCCUCAGAAAAAAAUAUCCUGGAAACACUUCUCAAAAUUAAAGCCGCAGACAAAAAUCUGGAAGUAAAUAAAGAAGAGCUCCUUGGUACUAAAGAAGUGGAAGAUUACAAAAAGUCUGUAGUUAGUCUUAAGAAUGAGGGGGACAAUGAAAAUACUCUUGCUCAGUACAAAGAAUCAGUGAAGAGACUAUUAAAUCUGACAUAAAUUAUGUAGAAAAAUCUGAUUGAUUAAUUUUAUGAUCUAUAUGUAAUUAUCUAAUUUGAUAUAAAGUUGAAAAUGUUAAAAAAAAAGCCAUUGUUUUACUUCAGAGUUAAAAUUCCUUUCAUACCAAUGCACAAUAGCAGUGAUUAUUCACAAAUUUCCUUAUUUAUAGACUGGGCAAUUAGGCUAAUCAGAUCUCUGAUUUGUUCUGGUCUGAAGUGUUUUGAUUUUAUUUCUGCCAUAACAACUUUAUAUAUAAUACAUAUUAUAUAUAUAUAUAUAUAUAUUUGUAGUUAUUGUGUCACCUGCUACAUUUGCUUUCCUACCAACUAGCACUUAUUGGUUGCUUUUGAAUUAUGAUUUUGGUUAUUUGGGAAGCUAGGACUAGAACCCAGUUCCCUGUUCAGUGUUUUGUUUAUAUAACUGCUGGCUACCCAGUGCAUUUUCACAGAGGCCAAUUCUGUUUAGAAGCAGGUCGUUGGGAGUAUUUUCUAACCUAAAAAGUUGGUUCUGUCCCUCUAUUUUGGGGUCACUUUGUAUUGAUUCAACUCUGUGCAGUAUCCUACUUUCUGUUUUCGAAGGCUUAUUUCUCCAAACCCAAACUUGCAGAAAGAGGGAAAUGGAGAUUACAGUAACUGGUAUUCAUCUCUCGUUUCCCCAGUUAGAGCUUCCACAGCUUGGGAAAGACAUGAGGUGUAAGGACUUUGAGUUUAAUUGGAGUAAAUGACAAAAUGAGGACUGCCCUAAGAAACAUUCUAUUUAUUUAGCUGUCAGUUCAGUAUUUUUAAGUUUAUCUGUAAGUCAUUUCUCACCACUUCCAAAGUUGUCCACAAGUGAUUAAUUUAAAAUCAAAAUAAAGGAAUUACUGAGAUUGUUA